UGACUAAAUGUUGACUUUUACCAUAGCGGAGCUAAAACCCUAAACCCAAAAGAGCGUUUGUAAUUUUGUUUAGCCGGCUCAAAAUAGAAGCGCCUCGCACGACGGAGAGACACAGACAGAGAGAUGGAAGCUACGGACAUGGACGUGGAGGAACAACCCGAGUCUAAUCCAAACUCGUUCAGGCGUUUCGGGCUAAAAAACUCUAUCCAAACAAAUUUCGGAGAUGACUACGUUUUCCAAAUUGUCCCCAAGGAUGAUUGGACAGCAAUGGCGGUGUCUCUGUCAACGAACGCAGUGAAGGUGUACUCACCAGUGACAGGUCAGUACUAUGGAGAGUGCAAGGGCCACUCUGCAACUAUCAACCACAUCUCUUUCUCAGGUCCUUCAACUCCUCAUGUCUUGCAUUCAUGUUCUUCUGACGGAACCAUUAGAGCUUGGGACACCCGCACAUUCCAACAGGUGUCUUCUUUUCAUUCUGGUUCUUCUCAAGAGAUUUUCAGCUUUUCAUUUGGAGGAUCAGCUAACAAUCUUCUUGCUGCCGGAUGUAACACUCAGAUACUAUUCUGGGAUUGGAGGAAUGAUAAACAAGUCGCAUGCCUGGAGGACUCUCAUGUAGAAGAUGUUACCCAGGUUCACUUCAUUCCUGACCAUCAAAGCAAGCUUCUUUCUGCUUCUGUCGAUGGAUUGAUAUGUGUAUUUGAUACAGAUGGGGAUAUCAAUGAUGAUGAUCAUCUGGAAUCAGUGCUUAAUGUGGGAACUUCAGUUGGGAAGGUUGGGUUUUUUGGAGAGACGUAUCAAAAGCUUUGGUGUUUGACCCAUAUUGAAACCUUAAGUAUCUGGGACUGGAAAGAUGGAAGUGAAACAAAUUUCAAGGAUGCUCGUUCUUUGGCUUCUGACUGCUGGACACUGGAUGAUGUUGAUUAUUUUGUUGAUUGCCACUACGCGAGAGAAGCAGAACAAUUAUGGGUAAUUGGUGGCACGAAUACUGGCACUUUGGGUUACUUUCCUGUAAGUUAUAGAGGAACGAGAGCUAUAGGGUCCCCUGAAGCAGUUCUUGGAGGUGGACAUACAGGUAUUGUUCGAAGUGUGUUACCCAUGUCAAGCAUGCCGGGCAGGUCCAGCCAAGGUCAAGGCAAUGGCAUUUUUGGAUGGACUGGUGGAGAAGAUGGCCGCUUAUGUUGUUGGUCAUCCGAUAAUUCUCCUGAGAUAAACCGAUCAUGGAUUUCAAGCACACUGGUUUUGAGAUCACCAAGGACCCGCCACACAAUAAGGCAUCAUCCCUACUAGGAAAACGACUUAAAUUUUUCUAAUUAUAAAGUUUAUUUGCUUUUCCUGUAAUUUUAUUUAUUUUUAAAAAAAUUGUAAGGAUCAAAGUUUCCUAGUUACUGAAAUUUCUGUACCA